UUAAGUCAUGAUGCACAUCAUCAAAAUGGCGCGCCGCUGUUCGUAAUUCACUACUUCACUCGCUGUUCGUCUGGUUGUCAUUCGUCUGCUUACUAGUAUUUUACCAUAACCUGAACAUUUUUUGGUGGUUAAUUUCCUCUAAGAUACUUUAGUUGUUUCGGUACUGAUUUUAAUAUCAUUGAAGAUCAUGGAGAUGCAUAUGAAUGUUCAUGAAAUCUGCCGCAUCUGUCUUCGUGAGGUGCCCCUCAUUGAUAUUUUAAAGCUUGGAGCGAAAACUUCUAUGUGGAUGAGCGAUAUCAAUUCAUACUUCAAGGUCCAAUUAACAUUUGACGAUGACAAAUCUACAAGUUUGUGUAAAAGAUGUAUAGGAAAGAUCAAAACCUGGCGCAAACAAGUGGAACGUGCCGAACGUUGCCAAUUUAUUGUAGACUACCUCGAUACAGUGUACCAAAAGCAGAUAGUGGGAGGAGAAAUAAAAAAAGAAAACGAAGAAAAAUAAAUUUAAGAUAAAGGCAAUAUUGUA